GUGGGCGGACGGAGGUGAUGUGGGCUACAUUCUGGAUGAAAAGGCGGAGCCUGAGAUAAAGGAGCCUGACCCAUUAACGGCUGCAGAAGAGGCAGACCCCAGAAAGGUCAAAGCGUACGAUCCGUUGAUGGACAAGUACAAAGAUUGGAAGGAUACUUUUUGGACUAAGACAAUUGCUAUGUUUCAGUUAAUCAUGAGCAACGUGACUACCACAAUGAGAAACAAGAUCAAAUUGACUGAUGGCCAUCUGGCCAAAUACAGCGUCGCUGUUCCUCGCGGGCGGCCUCUUUUUGCUGCCGUGUCCGAACAAGAACUGAAAGCUGGCGAGUCAAUCAUUGUUCAACGUAUUGUUCAAGAUGCUUCACCAAGCGCAUUCAAAAAUACAGCAACGACCUGGCUUAGUGUGUUGGGCACACGAGUGCAGAUGGGACAAACGACAUUUGCUGCAGCUUCUGGUCUUGUGAGCCGUUCUUACGCCAACCUUGUUUCGGUUAGCCCUGCUACAGUCGACGGCAAUGACAAGCAAAGUGCCAAAAUUUGUUUCCCACCAGAUCCUGUUUGUGCCCGGUUGGCAAUGUGUCUCAUGGAUGAUAGUUGGUCCAUGGCUCUUUCAAAAGACACGACUCUGAAUGGAAGACCAAAAGUAUGGUGGGUACAGAAGAUGAAGGACCUAUUUUCAGACCAUUUUUGUUCACCGGAAAAGGGAGACUUUGGGGAAGUCAUGGUAGCUUUGUGUUUUUUGUUCUGUGCGGAUAUUGUCCGAGGUAGUUUGAAGGACAACAAGGACUACACUACUUUCUCAGUACCACUAAAUGAUUGGAUCAAAUGUCUAAUCAAUAGGGGUCGUAGUGGUGAUGAUGGUGACGACGGUGACGACAUGAUGACUCAAAAUAACGAUUGCCAGGUCCAUUUCAGUGCCAUCCAAGUCUGUCGUAAUUAUGCCCGUGCGUAUGAUGACUCGUGGUCUUUACUUCAGAAUGAAGUGUUCGUGGA